UCUAGUCUAGAUAAAUUUAUGUUGUUUCAGUCUGUUGGCGAAGUUAGCAUAAACAAAUAAUAUAAAAUUAUUUUCAUACACUUAUUCUAGCUACUUAAGAAUACUGUCAUUUGUUAUAGAUUGGCCUAGUCUAGAUCUAUCUAUUUUCUUUAUUGAUUGAAUUACUUCUUGAAGUGACAGGAGUGCACCGAAUUUGACUGAAGUCACUCUGACUCAACUCACUUAGUCACUCAGGCAACAAAUUUUUGGUUGUCAGAUACAGUCAGAUGUUAAGAUUUUAGGUUCUAAAAAAUGCCUAAACGAAAAGUGGCUCGUGGUAGACGUGGUGGUGCAGCUAAAAAAGGCACAGCCAGAACUGCAGAUGAAGCUGGUUGUAUUGAAAUGGUAGAACCCUUAUCAGAAGCCAAUGCAAGCAAUUUAGAAUUAUCAGCUUGUGAAAGUACAGAGUCUCUCUUAGAAACAAAAGAGUCUGGUCAGUCAUCAUAUUCAGGUGUAGAAGAUAAAAAAACUGAAUUAUUAAUUGAUGGAAGUGAUAAAGUUUCCACAGAAGCUAAGGAGGAGGAAUCAAAUGUUGUAGUCAAAGAAUGUCAUACUGCGGAUAUAACAGAGACAUCUUCAGAGAUUGAGCCAGUAAGUGGUACAAGCAGCACACAAGAGAAAUCAGCCAGCCUAGAGCUUCCUCUAUCAGGUGAUGGAGGCGAAAAAUCUAAUACAUGUGGUAUUGAUGACAAUGAUCAGAGUGAGGUUUUGUUGGAGGAAAAAGGAACAGAAGAAGACGAAGAUGUCCAGUUAUUGGAGGAAAAAGGAACAGAAGAAGAAGAGGAAGAUGUGCAAUAUAUAGAUGAAGAGGCAGAUGAAGAUCAGCAGUUGUUUGAUGUAAUGGGGACUACUAAUGACAACACUGCAAAAAAAGAUGAUGCACAAAGUGAAGCAAGUACUUUUGAAAAUGAAGUAAAGCAAUUUCUAACAGCUCGUUGCUCUUCAUCCAAAUCUAAACUAUUGGAUAAUGAAAACUGCACAUUUGAAGAAAUUUCAGAAGGGUCUAUUGGCCAGCCUGAACAAGAAGAGAUAAGCAGUGAAACAGCUGGUGAUGUUGAUGUCACUGGCAUGUCCUUUCAAGCUAAAAGCUCUAAAGACAGUCUGCCAGAAGCUGAAUCCUUAGAAGAAGUUUUUUUUGCUACUGAAAAUGACGAUACCAAAAUCAUUGCUGAGGAUAAAGACAAUGAUGAUAUUUCAGACACUAGUCUCUCUGAUCACGGAGGAACAAAUCUGUCACUGGAGGAAAUCAGUGAUGAUGACCUCGAGCCUUCUAAGAAGAGAAGAAAAUCCGCAGGGCUUACUUUUGAUAAAGUAGCAGCUGUUAAAAAUCUUGAUGCUAAAAAACCACCUCAUGAUACAGAAAGUAAAGUAGUUCCAGAAAUAGUUUCUGAAGAUGAUAGAAAACCGUCAGAAACCAAAGUAAAUAAACGUCCUGCAAGUUUUGAUAAAGACAGUAUUGAAGAUAAUGUAAACAAAAAAGUCAGGUUAUCUGAAGGCAUGAAUGAUUCAGACAGAAAACCAGAGUUAGAAAAUAUGGAAAAGCUGUUAGAUCAUAUAAAGACAGAAAAAGAAGUUAAAAAAGAAAAAUCUCCAUUGAAUGACUCAAAACUUGAUAACAAAGGAUCAGCUGCCAUAAGCGGUGCUACUGUAAGUUCAGAAACCCUGAAGAACAGGAGUACUUCUCAAACAGAGAGAGGUCAGUCUCAAAAUUCACGUCAUGAACGACAGACGAGUAAAGAAAGACAUUACCCAAGUCGAGAUUUACCCUACUCUAGUAGAGAGUUCAUAGAAAAAAGGCGGAGAUAUGAAUUAAUAAAUACUAGCACUCAGACAGAACCUAGACAGUUAAAAGGGAAAAUCGUCCAGUGUAAUAUUAAUCCGAUUAGUGUGGCUCCUCUAUAUAAGGAGUUGCAAAAUGCAGUGGACAUGACAGCUUCUUCUUCUAAGCUAUUUGAAAAGAUGAAAGACCUUCUCCCCUCUAGCAUACCAGAAAAAAUAUUCAAAGAUAUCACUUCUUCAGUUCCAACAGAAUCUGAAAAAAGCUACACAUUUAGCAUGGGUCCAGUGACACUAUCAGAUAUGGACAGCACAGAGUUUAGAGAGGUGGCUUUGAAGGGGGCUGACAAGUUCAGCCUUAAUUUUGAUAUGCACUGUCAUGGAAUUUUUAAAGCAGCUUUAUCAAAGCAUGAAGAUAUUGCCUCACUUACACGGCAUCUUAAGAGAUUAGAACUUGGGAAUCGUUACAUGUGUAUGUCAUUCACUUAUUGCCAUGGUACUGACUCAGGACCUAUGCUUUGGAAAGCUACAGUUGUAUUUAUGUAUGAGCAAGAUAUCCAGCUAGAGAGUCAGGGUCUUGUGAGUGAUGGAAAAGUGCGAGCUAAAAUCAUUCUCAAUGGGGUACCUAAAGGCGUGAGCAAAGAUUUUAUUCAUCUACUGUUUCCAGAGGCACUGAGUGUCAGCACUGCUCCUGGCAAGGAUGAAGACAGGGUUGUUGUUCUUGGGUUUUCAAGCACCAAAAUGGUUGAAGAAAUUUUAUCCUGUUAUGACCUUGUGGUCAUCAAUGGCAGUCAGGUCAAGAUUUCUUGCAUGGAUUCAGUUGUGGAACCAAGUGGAGACUUGCCAUCAGAUGUGCCAGAAGAAGCAGGCGUAAUGAUAAUUGCAGACAAAGACGACAGCAAUAAUCUACCUCAUGAUAAUGUUACUGAAGUAUCUGAGGAUCAACAGGCGCCUGACUCUCAGAUACCCACAGAUGCUGGUCUGGGACCAAGUUCUGGUGAUGCUGGUGCCAUAGAAUGUAUUGACAUUAGCAAAACUGGUCCUGACUCAGUGGACAUAAGCAAAACUGGUCCUGACUCAGUGGACAUGAGCAAAACUGGUCCUGACUCAGUGGAAACUACUGAAAACAAGGAGCAAAAGUUAGCAGAUAGUGAUAAGGAUGUUACAGGUGCUGUCAGUGAUGUUACAGAUGAACAGUCUAGCACAUUAGCUGAUGUUUGUGCCAAUGUCAAGGAUGCUACUGAUGUACUGGACCAAAGUGAUACAGUUGAAAAGUGUGAUGUUGACAAUAUGGAAGUUUCAAAGUCUCAAGAUAAGAGCUUGGACUCUAGUGUCAUAGAGCUCAACUCAGAUGGUGAAAACAUAACAGUGGAGGAAUCAACCAGUAAACAGUCCACAGCUGAUGCUUCAACUGUUGGCGUGGAACUAGAAGCUGCUCAAGUGGAGAAGAAAUGUACUGAAAAAGCUCAGGGUGUAGAUAAAGUUAAACACAGUGUGAAAGAAACAGAUAAUGAACAUUUGGAAGAUGUUAGUGAUGAUGAAAUGAUCAAUCAAAGCAAAGAAUUGGAUAUUGAUGAUGUUGUAAUACUGAGAGAAGACAAAGUGAAAAGAGUGAUAGCUAACAUAGAUUUGACCAAUGAAGAAUCCAACAGCUCAGAAGUUCAUGUCCCUGAAUCAAAAGAUGCUGCAGUGCCUCAAGAAGUGAAGAAAGUGGAAGAAAAACUCAUUAUGACAGAUGGUAGUCUGGAGGUUACCAUGGAAGCUAUUGAUGUCACUGAAGAUGAUGACGGCUGUGGACAAGUUUUGUACUCUAGAACCACCAGGGCUAGCUCUAAGGAAAUGGACAGGAUUUUGAAAGAAAGGGAUAAUGUAUAUUCUAAAUCCUGGGCCAGUGACAGAUGGCCGUCGUCUUCAUACAAGUCUAAGUAUGAUCCUUAUUACAGCUCUAGACAGAGCUACUCUAAACCUAGCAAAGAAUAUGCAUCAAGAUCUUCUCCCCCAUACCAGCCCAGUUCAUCAAAAGAAGCUCCGUGGCAUACAAAAACAUCUUCUAGAGAGGACCUUCGUGGCAGGGUACCUGCUCGUGAGGAAACAACAUCAAGAAGGGAACCACUACGCUAUGAGAAAAGUCGUACUCCUUCCCCACGAAGAUACUCAAGCUGGUACAAAGAAGCGGACACUUAUAAAUCUUCUAAACCCCACUACACAUCUGAAUACUAUGGCUCAUCGGAACGCAAAUAUAGUAGUAGCUCACACUGGGGUGGCUACAAUGACAAAUGGUCUUCAUAUUAUGGAGAAAGCAAAACAUACCCUCGACCAGUUGUUGAAACUGAAGCACGUUCACGAGACUGGCACCCUAAAAGUUCUACUUAUCAUCAUAGUUCCUGGAAAGGGGAUCGCCAUGGAGAGCCAGAGGGCCAUCAUUAUGACAGUAGGAGCCACUGCUAUCCUGAGCGUAAAUAUUCUCCCAAAAGGUCUCGAUCAAAUUCCUAUUCUGACAUGUCAAUAUCGUCUGGUUGUCGCUCACCACACAGACAGAAAGUCUAUGAGAGAAGUCCCAAACGUCCUUUUAAGCACACUUCUCGAAGCCCAAUUUCAAUUUCAUCACGGUCUCACUCCUUGAGUCCAGUCUCCAAGUCACCAAGUCCAUGUCAGAACAUACUUAAAAUGCCUGCGAAAAGUGAAUUGGUUAAGUCUGUGAAGCAGUUUCUUGUUCUAGCUAAAGACCUGCAUGCUCAAGCCAAGAGGAAAAGCAGAUCAAGAAGUAUUGAAUUACAUUCCCCCCGUCGUUCUAGAAGUCCAGGCUACCAGAGGAUUCGCAGUCCACCUGAUAGUCCUCCCAGACAUUUGUCUGGUAGGUCUCAAAUGAUAUCUCACAGUCCUCAAAGAGCUCGAUCCAGAAGCCCUCCACACUACUGGCGUAGAGACUCAAGAAGUCCAAAUUACAAGAGAGCUGCACAUUCAAGAUAUGAAAGGUCUGCCAGCCCUGUAUCUGUGGAGUAUCCCCGUAGUAAGAAGUACAAGGAUCAUGUUGAAAGUAAACAGGCCUCUUAUAAAGAAUUUGACAGGCAUGACUCUAGAUCACAAAAAGCUCGAAAUUACACCCAGUCUUCAGAUGACCAACACAAGUCAGGACAGUGGCAGUUUCAGUCUUAUUCCAAUGAACCCCAGUGGCAACAGUCGUAUGGAGGUUACCAGGCUCAGACCAAACCAGCAUCAGGGCCAGAGCCACCAAGCACAAACACAUUCAACCCCCCCUACCCUCCACCUAACUUUCAACCAACUGGUUACUCCCUGCCACAGCAGGACUCUAGUAUGUACCAUGGGAGCAGCAUGUCAGUCUACCAGUACAAUACACCUGCGCAGUAUGGUUAUAACUCAAUGCCUCCAAAUGUCCCCAACCCAUACCUGCAAAACCCUGCCCCUCCUAUUCCACACGCCUACCAACAAGCACUCACUGCUCUCCAGUCAGCUAUGACCAGCCAGCCACCCCCACAGGUUUUUGAACCGUCUAACACAUCCUCUAGCAAUGCCUCAUCUAAGAAUAAAAAAUCAUGGUCAAUGGGAAGCAAUGCUAUGGUCUUUCAACGUAUUUUAGGCAGUGAUGGUGGCAAAAAGAAAAGUGGCACCAUCGAGAAAAUUGGGGACCGGGAACGUCUGGAGAGACCUAAACAAAGUAAAGAAGUUCGUGUCCUGACCAAUGUUCUGGUGAAGAAGUGAUAAAUUGUGGGAAAUUCAAAUGUGCUCUUGGUUCUUCUGACAGUGAACUUUCCUUUCAUGGUCUUGAAAUUCUUGAACAGUAUUCUAAUUUAGAGAACAGUGAGAAAAUGUCCAAUGUUUAGAAAAAAUUAAUUAGAAAUAGGCGUAAAUGUGUUACGUAGAUGUGCAACUCUGGUAAUCAGACAAAAAAAUGUGAUUGUUCUAUUUUUUAAUCUCAUUAUUUAAUUUACAGUUUAUUAUUUGUGUUACAGUUGAAUAUCAACAUUUCUCAUUACCAUUUCCAAUGUUAAAAAUUGAUGAGCAGGUCAUUUUGAUCUAAAAAGCAUGUAUUGUGUGUGACUGUAAAUUCAAAUUUGUUCAGAGUUUAGAAGCUGUAUUGAAAUUAUUUUUGUAUCAUCAUUAAAAGGUCCAAUGAGCAUUAUGUUGAUUACAAAUUGUUUUAAAUACACAUCUGAUAUAUGCUAGUUUACUGAAGACUGGAUCUCAUUACAUUGAUUGUAAUUUAGUUUACUGUUCUUUUGACAAUUGUUAAUUUGAUGAAUUUUUUUUGUCAGAGGUUAAAUGGAAAUGAGUGAGUUAAUAGAACCUUUCUUAAGAUUUAAGUUAGCUUUUUCUGUUUGUAUUAUUCAGAAAUAAACAGAAGACAAUUUUGUGA